ACUGCCCGCGUGCUGAGGAUUGGGAACAGCUGCGGUGUUGAAGUGGGAGGCGUUUAUUGGGUCGUGAAGGGCUUUGCAUCUCGUGGGGCGCUGUGGAAGUGGUGGCCUAUCGUUUCCACAAACGACCAGCAGGAUUUGAAGACGGUGAUCUGCAGACCAAUCGUAGUUUAUCCAGGUCUUCGGAAGAUGGAUUAUGGCUAUGGGUACAGCUCGUAUGAGGGCCACACAGGUGACCCACGGCUUGACCUGGAGUAUGAGCGCCAGUUCAGCCAGUACAAGGUCCCGGACCCGGUGCGGAAGUUUGUCGUUCAUCUACGAAACAUGAUCCGCGAGAACAACGUGGACGACGUGCAGCAACUGUACGAGCACGAGUUUCCGAGGAUCACACAGGAGUUCUUCGAGGGUCAGCCGUGGCCGGAGGCGGCCGACAUCGCGCCCUACAUUGGCGACGACCCCAGCAACCUGAUGUUCAUGAUCCUGUACAAGGAGCUGUACUUUCGGCAUCUGUACGCGCUGCCAGCCUCCAACCUGAAGAUCGAGAACCGCUUUCACUCGUACUUCAACUACUGCAGCCUCUUCAACAUGAUUCUGUUGACGGAGACGCCAAUUAACCUGGAGUUGCCGAACCAGUGGCUGUGGGAUAUCAUCGACGAGUUCAUCUACCAGUUCCAGGCGUUCACGCAGUACCGCAGCAAGCUGGCCAAGAAGUCGCCGGACGAGUUGGAGCAGCUGCGAGAGAACGCCACCGUCUGGAAUGUGCUCAGCGUCCUGAACGUGCUGCACUCGCUGGUGGAGAAGAGCAACAUCAACCAGCAGCUGGAGGUGUACACGAGCGGCGGCAAUCCAGACUCGGCGGCCGGCGAGUUCGGCCGCCACCCACUGUACAAGAUGCUGGGCUACUUCAGCCUGAUUGGCCUGCUGCGACUGCACUCGCUCCUCGGAGACUACUAUCAGGCCAUCAAGGUGCUCGAGAACAUCGAGCUCAACAAAAAGGCGCUGUACUCGCGCGUGCCGGCCUGCCAGAUCACCACCUACUACUACGUCGGCUUCGCCUACCUGAUGAUGCGGCGCUACGCGGACGCCAUCCGCACCUUCUCCAACAUCCUGCUGUACAUCCAGCGUACCAAGCAGCAGUUCCAGGGGCGCGGCUACCAGUCGGACCACAUCAACAAGCAGACGGACCAGAUGUACACGCUGCUGGCCGUCUGCCUGGUGCUUCAUCCGCAGUCGAUCGACGAGUCGGUCCAGUCGCAGCUCAACGACAAGUACCACGAGAAGAUGCUCAAGAUGUCCCGCGGAGUCAGGGAGGAGUUCGAGACCAGCUUCACGUUCGCGUCGCCCAAGUUCCUGUCGCCGGUGCCGCCGCCGCUGGACGGCCUGGCUGGCAGCCUGCGCGAGCCGCAGAAGCAGCAGCUGACCGUCUUCAUGGACGAGGUGGACCAGCAGGUGUUUCUGGAUGCGGUGGCGCGGCACAGCUCCUACGAAGCCGCCAUGAAAUGUGCCUCCGAAGCUAAGGGCCAGACCGUCUACCUGGACGUCAGCAUACCCAUCAUGCGCAGCUACCUGCGCCUGUACACCACCAUGCCGGUGGAGAAGAUGUCCGCCUUCCUGGGGCUGGGCCAGGACGUGUUCCGUAGCUACCUGAUGUGCUUCAAGCACAAGAUGAAGAACGUGGUGUGGUCGCGCGGCACGUCCGGACUGGACGGCGAGUUCCAGUCCGACUCGGAGAUCGACUUCUACAUCGACGGCGACAUGAUCCACAUCGCCGACACCAAGGUGGCGCAGCGGUACGGCGACUUCUUCAUCCGGCAGAUCCACAAGCUCGAGGAGCUCAACCACAGCCUGCGCGCCAUCAAGGUUUAGUGGGCGCCGCCGCCGCCAGGUGGCAGGCCGGUCGACGGCAACGCGACGGACGGAGAGGUGAUACGGCUGGCGGGGCGGGAUGCGGCGAGCCUGUGUCCGCCCGUGGUCGCACCGGUCUCCAGCCCGGUCUGGGUCUUCUGAUGCGCGCGUUGGUGUCUGAACCAAUACACAACACAGGAUUAGG